CUCAUCCUUUCCUCCAUUAGAUCGCAAACAUGGGCCGCCGACCAGCCCGAUGCUACAGAUACUGCAAAAACAAGCCCUACCCCAAGUCCCGCUUCUGUCGCGGUGUCCCCGACCCCAAGAUCAGGAUCUUUGACCUGGGCAGGAAGAAGGCCAAGGUGGAUGAGUUCCCCCUGUGUGGUCACAUGGUCUCUGAUGAGUAUGAGCAGCUGUCUUCUGAAGCUCUGGAGGCGGCCCGUAUCUGUGCUAACAAGUACAUGGUGAAGACGUGUGGAAAGGACGGCUUCCACAUCCGUGUUCGUCUGCACCCUUUCCAUGUGAUCCGCAUCAACAAGAUGUUGUCCUGCGCUGGGGCUGACAGGCUCCAGACAGGGAUGCGCGGGGCGUUCGGUAAGCCCCUGGGCACGGUGGCCAGGGUGAACAUCGGCCAGGUCAUCAUGUCUGUGAGGACCAAGGCUCAGAACAAGGAGCAUGUGGUGGAGGCCCUGCGCAGGGCCAAGUUCAAGUUCCCUGGACGCCAGAAGAUCCACAUUUCUAAGAAGUACGGCUUCACCAAGUUCAACGCCACCGACUUUGAUGCCAUGAUGGCGGAGAAGCGUCUGAUUUCCGACGGCUGUGGGGUGAAGUACAUCCCCAGCCGGGGUCCUCUGGUCCGCUGGAAGGCCCUCCAUGCCAACUAGGGUGUCCAUGCUGCCUGACCACAAUCACAUUAAAGUGGAUUUGAUUUAAAAACAAA